AUGGCUCCCCCGGCCACCGACGCGGCGACGACGAAGCAGGAGCAGCAGCAAGCAGCGGGAGGGGAAGGCGUCGAGGUCGGCGGCGACUUACGGCUGGUGGCGGAGUGCGGCACGGUGGUCCGGCUGUCACGCUCCGCGGCGCGGAUGUCGACGACGCUCCUCGACAUGAUUGAGGCCGGCUGCGCGGAGGGCGGCAUCCCCAUCAAGGGCGCCGACGCCGGCACGCUCCGCCUGGUGGCGGCCUACUGCGAGAAGCACGCGCCGCACUACGACCCCGUGGCCUCCGCGGCGAGGCUCCGCGACCCGUUCCCGCCCUUCCCCAUCGACUUCACGCCGGCCCCGUACGCCGUCAAGCCCGUCACCCAGCUCGACCCCGACCCGCACGGCCUCAAGGCUUGGGACCGCAAGUUCAUCAGCGACCUCCCAGACAACUCCGCCCUCUUCAACCUCAUCAUCGUUGCCAACUUAAUGGCCAUCGAGGACCUGGUCGACCUGGGCUGCACGGCCGUAGCAGACAAGAUGAGGGGCAAGACGCCUGACGAGAUCCGCGUUGCCUUGGACAUCGAGAACGACUACACGCCCGAGCAGGAGGCCGAGGUCAGGAGGGAGAACGCCUGGGCAUUCGAGGAUUGA